GGCACAGAGCUCACCUUUCCGCAGCGUGUGCCUUUUUAUUUAACGUCAGUUCUAUAAUGCGCGAGACAAAUCGCCUUUAUUUGCGCAUUAAUGGAGGUGUGUCAGAGAUCACGUGACUUUUAAAGGUCGUCGCUGUAAAUCGGCUUAUCGUGCGCACGCAGUUACACACACGCACGCACGCGCAGAGCUGGGAUUAAUAUUCUGGAUUAACAUGACAGAUCAGGCGUUUAUCACACUUGCUACAAAUGACAGCUAUGCUAAAGGAGCGAUGGUGCUCGGUGUGUGUUUGAGGAACCACAAAACAUCUCGUAAUCUUGUCGUACUGAUCGGAGAUGACGUUUCACAACUCUGCAGAUCAGUCCUCAGUCAGAUCUUUGACGAGGUGUGUGAGGUGAGUGUGUUGGACAGCGGAGACGCGGCUCGCUUGGCGAUGAUGAAGAGACCCGAGCUCGGCGUCACCCUCACUAAACUGCACUGCUGGAACCUCACACACUACUCAAAGUGUGUGUUCAUGGACGCAGACACACUGGUUCUGUGUAACAUUGACGAGCUGUUUGAGCGUGAGGAGUUCUCGGCUGCCCCCGACCCCGGCUGGCCCGACUGCUUUAACUCCGGAGUGUUUGUGUUUCAGCCGUCGGAGGAAACGUACGCCAGGUUACUGACCGCCGGCAUGGAGCACGGCAGCUUCGAUGGUGGGGAUCAAGGUGUUUUAAACAGUUAUUUCAGUGACUGGGCUACAGCUGAUAUCGCUAAACACCUUCCCUUCAUCUAUAACCUGAGCAGUGUGUCCAUCUACACCUACCUACCAGCAUUCAGACAGUUUGGCCAUAAUGCGAAGGUAAUCCACUUCCUGGGUGAGAAGAAGCCAUGGGAUUAUCACCAUGGCGAUGAUGAAGAUGAUGAAGAGUGCAGCAGUGAGACAGGGCCGCGCCGUUCUUCUUCUCUGUAUCCUGAUUACUUCCAGCAGUGGUGGAGUGUGUUUAAGUCGUCAGUGCUGCCGUUACUCUCAAAGGAACACACACAUCCGCUCUCGGACACGCCCAGCAUGGAGGUGUACAGAAACCGCCAGAGACGGGGACAAAGCGACCUCGGUCUGAAGAGGAGAAACGACAAAGGACUUAUAAGCAAGCGUGGGAGCAAGGCGCGUGCAUCUCAGCAGGAGAGUGUGUACGUCGAGGCAGCUCAGCAGGAGGAGUGUAUUCAUCCUCCAGCUCCUCGAACCUCCUCACAGGACAGAAAGCAGAAGUGGGAGCAGGGAGACGCUGAUUAUCUCGGAGAGGAUUCGUUCACGCAGAUUGAGAGAAAACUCGACUCCUUCCUCAAAUGAACAACACACGCACACACUUUAUACUCAUAUGACAUGAAUCUGCUCCUUGUGCGAUGUCUCUGAUGUGUGUAAUCUCACUGUGUGAAAAUAUUGUGUUUUAUUUCUGUUGGCGUUGUGCUCAUGAUAACGUAAUGUAAAUUACUUUUUAAUUCCGUACUAUAUCAUUACACACACACACACACACACACACACACAGAGGAUUAUAUUUGUUUCAGAAAUAGGGAUGCAUUAUUACUGAUACUCCAAAAAACAAAUACUCCAAAACUAGCAUCAGAUCCAAGGUGACACUAUAAUCCUCGCGCUAAUGACUCACAACUGAAUGUAACAGCGAUCUGGACGUACCAUAUUUCACGAUUAAUUAUCAGUUAGCAAACUGUGAAAAUAUCAAUAAGAGGAUCUACAGCAUCUUCCUACAGUGUAUCCAAGUGAUAAAACAUCUUCAACAUUCAACUCAGCACAGAGUUAAUCGCUCGGUGAGAGUGGACAAAAAAAAAGCAUCCACAGAUGAUGCUAGGUGAGUGAAAAUGACCGCUCUUAUGUCCCAGCGUGUUGUUCGUAACAAUCAGCCGCUCUCGGGUGUUGACGAUGAGGGAAUCUUACACAAUGAAAACAAAAAUGUACUUUACGUAAACACUUUUUCUGAAUUGAAACAAAACCCGCUCUUCUGCACUGCAAAUAUAGCUAGCUAGCUAAUUAACACGCUAAUGCUAAGAACGAGUGUCAUAGCCUGAGCACACGAACAAACCCGUGUGCAAACUAAAUAAACUGGUGAAACAGAGCUGAAAACAUUAUUCCUUAAUGUGUCUGACUGAUUCAUUAUGUUCCUCAUUUCUGGUAUUGGUGCAUCCUGAGUCAAACGUAUUGAACAUUUUUUAAAAUGGAAAAAAAAAAAAUUCAAAAGCCGAACAUGUGUCUCAGUCUUCUACAUAAAGCGUAGCCUUGCAUUGAUCAGAAAUCACCUUCGCUCUUAGCUUUCGCGUCUUCAGCUAAAAUGUUCAGUUACAAUACUCUCUGGAGUGGGUGGGGUUUAAAGAGCUUGGUCUCUAUUGGCCAGUUAUGAUGCAUGAAUGAAUGUAUAAACAGAUGUAAGAGGAUGAAGAGUCAAGUAAUGCACUGUACUGAUGCUAAUGGACACGUUGUGUUUAUCUGCUUCAUCACUUGCCUCACAACAAAAGGGGCGGAGCUUAAAACAGACAACUUAAAGCAAACAUGGCUACUGAUGGCGGCUUCGGUCUCCGUGUCCAAACUGUAACAGGAAAAACACAUGAAGUGUUAUUAGUUAGCAUGCUAGCAUCAGAACACAGUCCAACACUGUUGUUUAUAUGACAGUUUUCACUUUUUUUUCCCAUGUACAAACCAACGUUGCCUUCAUGUGCUUUUAAAGAUCCCUUCAAGUCAAAAUUACUAAGUUUCAAAAACAAAUGAUUGAUCCUUUUGGUGGAGAUGCUAAGUAUCGCUAGCUAGAUGUAGUUCCUUUGGAAGUUUCGCUAUUAUGGUCUUUAAGUUUUAUUUUUCCUCACAAUUCAUUAACUUUGGUCUGGAGCUGAAGCCAAAUAGCUUCAAAUAACUUGACUAGCUAGUCUGCAGCUACCACUGCAGAAAUAAAAUAUUAAAUAAAGUAGAAUGCUUAGAUAAAUGAACCCUGUAAUGUGGAUGGGAUCCUGAAAGGUCCAGAGCAGAUCCACUGAGCAGGAACCACUGCGAGCACCACACCGUUAGCAUGACUGUAUUAGCAAAAUUAACAUUUAAGGCCUUGAAAUGAAUGAUUGUUGCAUCGUACUGUAUCUGAAAUAAAGA